AUGAAGUUAAUUAUAACAGUGGUUAUUCUAAGCUGUCUGUAUAGUGUUAAAGCAAGAUGUGUGAUGCGCGGGGAGUGUGUGGAGAUCAACGGGUUCGCAAAGCCAUGCCCCUACCCGUACGACCCUCCGGCCGUCCUUGUGAACUUGACACAGUCUGAUAGAGUCGAGAUUAUGAAUAUUCUGGAAUCCCGAUGUCCGUUUCUAGUAUACGAUGAAUACGGUUCUCUUAAGCCUAUCGAGGACAUCGUGACGUGCUGCGACGAAAUCCAGUUGAGGAAAAUGCAGGAGAGCUUGAUGUUAGCCGAAGGUAUACUCGGCAGGUGUCCGACGUGUUUAAGAAAUUUCGUACGACAAAUCUGUGAAAUGAAUUGUUCCCCUGAUCAAUCGCGGUUCGUUGAAGUAACAGUGCUGAACGCGAUUGAUGGUACUCCGUACGUUAACGAAAUCGAUUACAGAUUAUACGAAAAGUUUAUGUUGGAAGCUCACGCGUCUUGUUCUGGUGUAGUCGUCCCGCAAACUGGAAUGCCGGCCAUCAAUCUCAUGUGCGGUAAUGCUCCCGUUUGUGACGCCGACGCCUGGUUCGGAUUUACAGGAGAUACUACGACAAAUCCUUUAGCUCCAGUUCAAGUCAACUUUUUAAGAUGGCCGACGGAGGAGGAUUCGAUGAACGCUCGCGCUCCCCCGUGCGAAGAAACCAUGGGAGAAGAUCUUCCCUGCAGCUGCGUCGACUGUUUCGCGAAUUGCCCUGUCGGAACCGAACCUCUUCCGCCAAGUAUUUGCACUGUUCUUUCAGUAAACUGUAUUAGUUUCUCUAUCGGUAUAGUGUUUUUCGUCAUCAGUGUCACUAUAUUCUGUAUUCUUUCAAUCCUGGAGUACAAAAGGUUAAGAAACGUUCAAUUUGAAAACAACGUGUCUAAAACUGUACCCGAAGAUAAUAUCUUUAUUAGAUUUUUCCAAGAAACGUUUGGCGCAAUCGGUGCUUUUUCGUCAAAAAACCCUGUUCUUGCUAUCAUGGUCACUACAUGGAUAGCUUUCGCAAUGCUGUUUGGUGUUCUGAAUCUCAAUUUAACCUCAAAUCCUCUCGAACUUUGGUCUGCACCGGAUUCGAGGAGCCGGACUGAGUUAAAUUAUUUCAAUUCAAGAUUCGGACCAUUUUAUCGCGCUGCCCAAGUUUACCUUCAGUUUACGGGCUUGGAACCCUUUGAAGUUGAUAAUAUAACCUAUGGUCCGGCUUUUAGAAUAGAAGCCUUGCAAGAAUUAGUUAAAUUGGAAGACGCUAUAUUUAACAUCGGCAGGGACACCGGUGGCGUCGUUUUGGAAGAUGUUUGCUACGCACCUCUUCGCCCUCGUGGAGGAGAAAAGAGAGUAGAGCAGUGUACAUUCAUGUCUGCAUCGGUUUAUUUAGGCAGAGACCGAAACAAUAUUAAUAAUGAAACAUACUUGAGUACUAUACAAAAUUGUUUAAAUAAUUACUUAGCUCUUAACUGUAUGGCCGAGUGGGGUGCCGGCGCCGACCCGGAUAUUUCUUUCGGAGGUGUCGCAGGUGACAAUAUUUUAAGUGCCACUACGUUACUUAUAAACUUCCCUAUAAGUAACUUCCUUCUAGAAGAAGAGUUGCAACCUGUGCUCGAAUGGGAGCAGAAAUUCCUUGAUCUGUUACAUGAUUAUGAAUCAAAUUGGAAACCAGAUUUCGUAGAAGUAAGUUAUGGCGCUGAGAGGUCUAUUGCCGAUGAGAUUGAGCGAGUUUCACGAGCGGAAAUUUUACCUAUAGCUAUUAGUUAUUUACUUAUGUUUAUAUAUGUAAUACUAGCUUUAGGGAACAUACGAUAUUGUAGAACUUGGUUGGUCGAUAGCAAAAUAACAGUAGGUAUAAGUUGCAUAAUUGUCGUGUUAGGGUCCAUUUUUUGUGCAAUGGGUGUAAUGGGUUAUGCUGAAAUUACAGUUACAUUAUUAGCGGUUAACGUGAUACCAUUCUUUGUCUUAUCUGUGGGAGUAGAUAACGUUUUCUUAAUGGUUAAUGCUAUACACGAUAUAGAAACUAAUUUAAAAGAAUAUGACGAUUAUAAUGAAAACUUUAGUGCGUCGAAAAAGAAGACGUUCAUUUUUACAAAAAUGAUGAAGACAGUGGGGCCGUCUAUGUUUGUUACAUCGGUGACACAGAUCACUUGCUUCGCUAUAGGAAGUCUCGCUAAUUUCCCAGCAGUUGUAACAUUUGCAGUGUUUGCUUCGUUGUCUUUAGGUUUCUUGUUUAUUUUUCAAAUAACAACAGUUGUUGCGAUACUAUCCAUUGACUAUGACCGAGCAAGACAAAAUAGAUUAGAUGUUUUCUGCUGUGUUCAAAAGAAAAUUUUGCUAGACAAUGAUCCUUUGAACGCUGAUACUCCGUACCAAAGUAUCAUUGGAAGGUUAAUGAAACCUUACUCUGAAUUUAUUUUAAAUUGGAAAGUCAAAAUUGUAGUAGCAAUUAUAUUUAUGGCCAUAUUUUCGAUAAGUAUCAUAUUAAUACCGCAACUUGAAAUAGGGCUAGAUCAGAAUCUAGUUUUGCCAACUGAUUCUUACAUGUACAGAUAUUUGCAGUCAGUAAAUGAUGUGUUGCGUCUCGGUCCACCGGUCUUUUUCGUUUUGAAAGGUGGAUUAAACUUUACAGACACGAACGAUCAAAAUGUUAUCUGUGGAGGGCAAUUAUGUUAUCCAGACUCUCUUACAACACAAAUAUUCUUAGCAGCUCGGCAUAGUAACGUAACGUAUAUGGCAAAAAGUUCUAAUUCCUGGUUAGACGACUUCUUCGAUUGGUCAGGUUUAACCGGGGCUUGCUGCAAGUAUAAUACUACAAACGGUGGUUUCUGUUCUAGUACUGAUACGUCUCCCGAUUGUCAAUUUUGCUCCCUUGGCAGAGAUGAAUUCGGCAACGGUUUACGACCGGAUGCAGAGACUUUUGAAAAUUACAUACCGUUUUUCUUACAAGACACUCCGACUGAUCAGUGUAAUAAAGGAGGUCUCGCGAGUUACUCGGGUUCUGUUAAUUACGAAUUAGACUCGGAAGGACGGGCUCAUGUUCAGGAUACAAACUUCAUGGCAUAUCACGUGGCUCUGGGAACAUCGUCCGAGUAUAUAAAUGCUGUUAAAUUUGGUUAUGAAGUUGCCGGUAAUAUAACUUCAGCAAUAAAGAAACAUACAGGUAAAGAUGUUGAGGUGUUCCCGUAUUCAGUGUUUUACGUAUUUUAUGAGCAGUAUUUGACAAUGUGGGGUGAUACAUUCUCUUCGUUAGGCUUUUGUUUAAUCGGAGCUUUGGUUAUUAAUUUAUUGGCGACAGGAUUUAAUGUUUUGACGACUUUUACUGUGAUGUUUACUAGCAUUAUGGUUGUCAUUGAUAUGAUGGGUGUCAUGUACAUCUGGAAUAUUCCAUUGAAUGCUGUUUCGUGUGUUAAUUUGAUCGUUUCUAUAGGUAUCGCUGUAGAGUUUUGUAGUCACUUGGCGUACGCUUUUGCAACUAGUAAAUCUCCUCCCAAUGAAAGAGUUGCUGAUGCUAUUUGCAGAGUGGGUGCUACAAUAAUUACGGGAAUAACAUUAACUAACAUACCAAUUAUAGUUUUAGCAUUCUCUUACACAGAGUUGAUCGAAAUGUUUUUCUUUAGAAUGCUUUUCAGUUUGGUGAUACUUGGAUUUUUGCAUGGCAUGGUAUUCUAUCCGGUUUUCUUGAGCUAUGUUAAUGAUAUUAUUAAGAAGUAA